GAAAGGAUCUGAUCAUAUGUACAUUGUGUGUCAGUCAUAGGAUAAAGUACCUCCUGCACCCCAUUGUCUGCUCUUCUUUCAAGUCUUCUGAAUGCCCCGUUACGACACUACACCUUAUUCGUACUAUCAACCUUCGAGACCACCUUCAACUUACACCCCGUCCUUUUCUCACACUGCUUACCAUCGUAUUGCCCCGCCCACACGACUUCACCCCUUGCCCGCGCGCAUCGACUCCGGCGUUGAUCUCUCCUCGCCGCGCAACAGAAAUGUGCUGGUUCACCCUUACACCGGCCAAAGGCAAAAAGCAACAGCGCCCCUCUACCGACUCUUCAUGUGCGGAGGAACUCGUUCGCGUUCGCCGUAGCCCGGCAUCCCCGCGGUUCAGCGACGUCCGCGUCAGAGUACCGAGUAUGAGCCUCGAGGUGGAGGAAGGGGGUGGUCGCGAUCACGUGCACUUCGACGCGCACCUGAAUCACCACCACAGACAUCCGCAUCUACAUCCACUACUCAUGCAUCCAAUACAUGGCCAUAGCCACCACCACCACCACGACGGACUCGGCAUAGUCGACAUCCAGGAAGGCCACCUCCGCGGCUCCGGCAGGAAACGCACCGUUUCAUCUCCUUGCCCCCCACCACCCACCCGCGAACCAUCACGUUGUCCACCACCGUCCCGCCCCCGCGAACCCACCUAUCACACCCAGAUCGUCGAGCCUAGGGUAUCAACAACGACAGUCCGAGAGAACACUCGCGCAGCCCUCCGCAAUGUCCAACAAGAGCGAACACGAGGUACUUUGCGUAGAGUAGCCGGUUACGAAGCCUUGAGCAAGAGCAUGCCGUGGGAUUGGGAUUGCUUGAGUAGUACUGUGGGGAGUAGUGCGAGUGGUGGUGGUGGUGGGAGGUGGAUGAGGAAGAGGAAACCGAGUGGGUUGAAGUAUCCGCCGUUUGGGAGUAUGGAACGUUGGCUUUGA